AUGAUGGCUGAUUGGACUGUUCAACUUUAUGCCGGUGUAUCAGGUGGUGACAAAGAUACUUGUCAAGGAGAUUCAGGUGGUCUAUUGAUGAUAUUUAGUUCAAAUAGUCGAUGGAUGUUAAUUGGUGUGACAAGUAGCGGUAUUGGAUGUGCGCUGACUGAAUACUCGGGUAUUUAUACGCGAGUAGCUGCUUAUAACAGUUCGAUAAAUUCGAAUACUAAUGGUAGUAUUUCAAGUUUUCAUUUGUCGCAAUCUAGUAGUGCGUUUAGCACUGACGAUGCAACUCUUACAAAUAGUUCAACAACUGAGACUCAUUUAUGUAUGAGGACAUUAGUAAAAUUACUUUUUAUGGUUUUAUUUUUAUUGUAAUUAUUUUUCUUAUUGUAUCUUUCUAUGAAACAGACAUAUGUAAAUACAAUAAUUGAUCUAAUUCUUUUGUCAUUCUCAUAAAAGCUGUUCGAACUUGAAAAAUGUUGUUACUUUCAUUGUUAAUUCUGUUCUCUCCAACUUUUAGCAUAAUAUACAAAUAGAUUGAUAGUUUAACAUUAAUCAUCCCAAAAGUGAAUAGAACAAUUAAUUACUAAAUUUUAUCCCUUUACUUUUACAAAAAUAUACUUUAGCAGACAAUAGAAAAUAUUAUACUAUGCAACAAUAUUUUCCAAAAAUUUAGUGUGGAAAGUUGAAAACUACUGGUAGGUAUUGAUUGCAGUUUUAGAUUCUCCAAAAUUCGACGUUUUCUUUCAUAUGUACAUAUAAUUAAUGAAUAUCGAAAAUAAAGUAUCAACUGGAUUAGAUGCUACAUAUUGAAUGUACAUUUUAUAGUACUGCCAAACUUGCAAGCAACAUUUGAAAAUGGUAGGAAGAGAAAGCAAAUCAAUUCUGUCUCGUUUUUUAGGUAAACAAACUUCAAGAGUUCGAUUAAAAGCAAGACACAAGUAUUCCUUCUGAAAGCAACUCUCUGAUUUUUAAUUGUUAAAAAGUUCGAAAUAGAAAGAUGCAAGAAAAAUAUUCAUUCUCGAUGAUCAACAUUUUCUUCAUGUGUACUAGUGUACUGCAGCCGGGUCGGGUAACCGGCACCCGACCCGACCCGGUACCUGGGUCCGGGUGAAAAGCUCCGGGUCGGGCCGGGUGCCGGUUCUGGAAAAAAAAGUCGGGUCGGGCUGAGGAAUUUUCAAAAAACCGACACCCGACCGGCCAACUAGUGAUAUCUAG